AUGUCUUCCCACAGAGACAGCUACCGAGACGGCUACCGAGAACGGGAUCGAGACAGAGAAAGAGAUAAGGAAAGAGCCUAUCGAGAUUAUAGGCACCCGAACAGUCGCGAUGACCGUCGCGAUCGUGAUCCGAAUGACCGUCGGGACCAUGAAUCAGGUCUUGAACAAGACCGAACUGCCCGUUUUUCGUCCUCGACUCGCACCUGGCUCGACUCUAACCAGUCGCUGUCCACCCCCAGCUCAGUGACCAGCGAGAGCAAUCCACCGCCGUACAAGAAGGUUGCAGACGUUAUGCGCAAGGUGCUGCAAUUACAGAACAAGAGGACGCCAAUCCAAGACCGAAAGAGUGCGCUGGAAAGAAGCAUCAAGGAAAAGGAAGACAUGUACCAAAAGACCAAAUCAAAGCACAUCGAGUAUCCCUCCUUGUCAGAGACUCAGGAAAAUCAUAUUCGACGGUCGAGACAGGAACUAAAGCAUCUCGAAGGAGAAUUAGGGAAUAUUGACGAAGAGCUAUCACGGAUGUGCAGCUCCUUUGCUGCGUCUCUACUCAAAUCUCUUCCCGAAAUGCAUAAGACUGACAACGCUCUCGCUCUUUCUAACAUCGAAAGCCGUUGCGACAACAUGGAGAAAGGGCUGGAGGCAACGCUGAAAGCCCAUAAAUUUUCUACGGAAAACCAACAUCAACAGAAACUCGAGGACGAACUCAAAGCACACAAAGAGGAGUUGAACAGACAGUCUGAACAAAGGCUUCAGGAUGCAUGUAAUACACUACGAUCGGAGCUGCGAGAUGAGUUAAGACAAAGCUUUGAAGCGCAUCAAGCUAUGUUGCAUGCAGAAGCCCAAAAGAAGCUUGAAGAGAGUCGCCAGAUACUGCAAGCGGAGCUGCGAGAUGAGUUAAAACAAAGUCUCGAAGCGCAUCGAGCUACAUUAGAUGCCCAAGCUCAAAAUCAGCUUGAGCAGAGCCGCCAGGUACUGCGAGCGGAGCUGCGAGUUGAGUUAGAACGGAGCCUCGAAGCCUAUCAAACUACGUUGGACGCACAGGCUCAAAAGAAGCUCGAGGAGAGCCGUCAGGCGCUGCGGGUGGAGUUUGCAAAGAGUCUUGACGGCCAUAGAAUACAGCUAGCAAAUCAGUUCGAAGAGAGGUUCGAGCAGAUGCGUAAGAGUCGUCAAGCGGAGGUGGACACGCAGUCCCAACAAAGAUCUGGAGCUGGAGAGGAGCUCCAGCCUCGGGUAGCCCAGCUUCUUGAUCAAAUGGCUAAACUUGGCAAGAAAAUCAAGGACGUGGAAGAUGUUCAGGACGACUUAUCAUCUGUCAGGGGCAUUCUCGAAAGUUUCAGGGCUAAACUAAACAGCUCUGAAAAGUCUAGAACAGAAAAUUCAGCACAAAUAAGCGCGAUGGAGACUACUCUCCGCCAACUCGAAGGCGACUUCUCAUCGGUUAGGGGUAUUUUUGAGUCCCGACUCAAUGACUCUGAAAAGUCCAGCACAGGGCAUGCAGAACAAAUAGUGUCGAUGCAAAAUAUCUUACGCGGCUGUGGAAACGGCGUCGAAUCGAUGAUAACCAACAUUAUUAAUCGAAUUGGCGGUGCGCUCGACAAGGUGAACGAGAGAAUCACUGCACUGGAGCGAAUUUCAGCACAAGGAUCAGGAGCUGUGCAACAAGUUAAUUCUCGCAUUUCGGGCGAGGCAAACCGCCAGGUACAGGAGGGAUUCAAUGCGGAUCAUCAAAGGUUGAUCGCCAGCAUGGAGGAAAAGCACAGAGACUUCAUCAGGGACGUCAACGGCAGGCACGAGCAACUGGAUAAGACCUUACAAGACAAAUACAGCAAAUUGGGUGAAACGUUCGAAGAGAAAUACACGUUUCUGGUCAAAACCAUUGAAGAAAAUUACACCAAUUUGAGCAAUAUUUGCUGGGGCCUGGAGGAGCAAUAUCAAAACGUCAAUUCCAAAGAUCUAUUCCAACGAAUAAUUGCUGAGGCCAGCAAUAUGUUGCCGGGCAGUGUGGGCAAUCUGGGCACAGAAGUAAACAGGUUGAGCCUCAGGCUUGCCGGCAUUGAGCAGCAGCUGAUGAAUCAGAAUCUGCCAGACCAGAGAGUGCGCAAGCGACAACGGACGACUGAUGAGUAA